GUUGACGUGAACGCACCAUUCCAACAUAGGUUUGUUCCGGAAGUGACGUUGAGCUGUUACUCUGUUGUCUGUUGUCGCUUCCUCGUGUAGCAUCAGCAGCCGUCCAACAUGACAACAGCCGCCAGACCCACGUUCGAGCCCGCCCGGGGGGGCCGGGGCAAGGGAGAGGGGGACCUGAGUGCUCUGUCCAAGCAGUACUCCAGCCGCGACCUGCCCGGACACACAAAGAUCAAAUACAGGCAGCCCACCCAGGACAACCAGGAUGAGGUCCGUGCCCGUGACUUCCGCAGGGAGCUGGAGGAGAGGGAGCGUGUGGUGGUCCGAGAGAAGGCCCGGGAGAGGGGACCCCGAGACCACACCACCUCGUCAUCGUCAUCUUCAUCGUCCUCCAAGAGACCCAGACUGGACCAGAUCCCCGCAGCCAACCUGGACGCUGACGACCCUCUGACAGAUGACGACGAGGACGAGGACUCGGACGAGGACAGCGACGACGACGACACCGCGGCGCUGCUCGCAGAGCUGGAGAAGAUCAAGAAGGAGCGGGCCGAGGAGCUGGAGCGCAAGGAGCGCGAGCAGAAGGCGGAGGAGGAGAGGAUCCGGAUGGAGAACAUCCUGAGUGGGAAUCCUCUGAUCAACCUGGCGGGACAGCCUCAGCCCGUCCAGCCUCAGAACCCUGCCGCCUUCAGCGUCAAGAGGAGGUGGGACGACGACGUGGUUUUCAAGAACUGCGCCAAAGGGGUGGAGGAGGCCAGGAAGGAAAAGCGCUUCAUCAACGACACGCUGCGCUCCGAGUUCCACAAGAAGUUCAUGGAGAAGUACGUCAAGUAGAGGAGCGGACCCCCCCCCCCCCUCCUCCCAGCGGACCCCUCACGCCCUGACGUCACAACUCUCUGUACGGACACAUUGUAUAUAAACCCACGGAGUGAGGUCUGUCACUGACGGGCUCUCUAGGACUUUAAAAGAUGACUUUUUGUUUGAAGAUGACUUUUUUUGUUUUUGAGCUCGAGUACUUCUGCCUGUUCUGUUUUUAACUCAUUACAAUAAACAGGAUUUGUGUCUUUUGAA